AUGGACACAGCUGCGAUGGUGACUCUUCUGGCUCUGGUUGUGGCGAUGGCUGGCGUCAGUCAGGCUCUUCACAUCCAAGGCAGUCUGGACAAAGAUGACCUCCUGCUAGGCUCAGAGGAGAACAUGGCCGACCACCUGCUGGGGCUGGAAAGUGAAAACACAGAUGACGGCAUUGAUGAUCGUCUGCUGACCGCAGUGCUGAGAGCUCUGCUGCUGGGAUCUCAUAGGGAAACCAGGAACUCUGUCCUCCAUCAGCCACAGAGGUUUGGCCGCGGCUCCAGAGGGCAGGUGGUGUCGGAAGAUCAGAUUCAGUCCCGUGACUGGGAGGGGGCCCCAGGUCAGAUCUGGAGUAUGGCCGUGCCCCAGAGAUUCGGCAAGAAAUAA